GGGGAGGUGCGGGGCCGAGCGGGCGCGCGCGGGGGCGGGGGCGCGCCGGGCUGACGCCGCCUACGUAGCCCGCGUUCACCUCCCGCCCGAGCGGCGGCUGCAGCUCCUCGUUCUCCAAGCUCCCGAGCGCCAGCGCCGGCCGUCGUGGACGCGGGCUCCCGGCUCCGGCGGCAUAGGAAGGCGGCGGCGGCGGCCCCGGCGGCGGAGGCCAAGGAGGCCACGGCCAUGGAGGGGCAGCAGCUGCCCCCGCAGCCCCAGCUCCAGCUCUGCGACAGCCUCAUGAUCUGGUUGCAGACAUUUAAUACUGCUGCCCCUUGUAAGAAUGUCCGGCAGUUAACGAAUGGGGUUGCCAUGGCACAAGUUCUUCAUCAGAUAGAUGUUGCUUGGUUUAAUGACUCUUGGUUAGGCCGAAUCAAAGAAGACGUUGGUGACAAUUGGAGAAUAAAGGCUAGUAACUUGAAGAAGGUUCUUCAAGGAAUUACGAGCUAUUAUCAUGAGUUUUUAGGUCAACAGAUUUCUGAAGAACUUAUACCUGAUUUAAGCCAAAUCACUGAACGCUCAGAUCCUGUGGAGCUUGGCAGGCUGCUCCAGCUUAUUUUAGGCUGUGCAGUCAACUGUGAAAAGAAACAAGAACACAUUCAGAAAAUUAUGACUCUGGAAGAAUCUGUUCAGCACGUUGUGAUGACUGCUAUUCAGGAGUUAAUGAGUAAAGAAAUAGUGACCUGUGCUUCGAGUGAUGCUGGAGAGCUAGAACAUCAGCUUAAAAGAGCCUUAGAAGAACUUCAGGAUGCAUUAGCAGAAAAAGAAGAACUAAAACAAAGAUGCCAAGAACUAGACAUGCAGGUGACCGCCCUUCAAGAUGAGAAGAACACAUUGGUGUCUGAGAACGAGAUGAUGAAUGAGAGGCUGGAACAAUUAGAUGGCUCUUUGGAAGACCCAAACACAGCAGUGGCAAAAAAAUAUUUUCAUGCCCAGUUACAGCUAGAGCAGCUUCAAGAAGAGAACUUUCGACUGGAGGCGGCAAAAGAUGACUACCGGCUUCACUGCGAGGAGCUUGAGAAGCAGCUGAUUGAGUUUCAGCAUCGGAACGAUGAGCUGACGAGCCUGGCCGAGGAGACGAGAGCCCUCAAGGAUGAGAUCGAUGUUCUCAGGACCACCUCUGAUAAAGCAAGUAAAUUGGAGUCCACAGUAGAGGUUUAUCGUCAAAAGCUGCAAGAUCUGAAUGACCUAAGGAGGCAGGUGAAGUCGCUGCAGGACACUAACAUGAUGUACAUGCAUAACACGGUCAGCUUAGAGGAGGAGCUCAAGAAGGCGAAUGCUGCCCGCACCCAGCUGGAAAUGUACAAGAAGCAGGUUCAGGAACUUCAUCUUAAACUCUCUGCUGAAUCCAAAAGGGCCGACACAUUAGCCUUUGAGAUGAAACGCCUACAAGAGAAGCAUGAAGCUUUACUCAAGGAAAAAGAUAGACUGAUCAUACAGCGUGAUGCCCUGAAAGAGACCAAUGAGGAGCUCCGAUGUUCCCAGGUGCAGCAGGAUCACCUCAACCAGGCAGGUACCUCUGUCUCAACAAGUUUCGAGAAUCUUGCUGCUGAAAUUAUGCCGGUGGAAUAUAGAGAAGUGUUUAUUCGCCUUCAGCAUGAAAAUAAGAUGCUUCGAUUACAGCAGGAAGGGUCUGAGAAUGAGCGGAUUGCAGAGCUCCAAGAACAGCUGGAGCAGAAACAUCGGAAAACCAGUGAGAUGGAGACCGAGCAAAGGCUUAGCAAAGAAUAUAUUAGAGGUUUGCAGCAGCAGAUUGAAGACCUUCAGAAGACUCUGCAAGAGCAAGGGCCCAAGCCUGAAGGGGAAAGUUCCAGCAAAUUAAAGCAGCAGCUGGAAGCUCAUAUGGAAAAGCUUACCGAGGUCCAUGAAGAAUUACAGAAGAAGCAAGAACUAAUUGAAGAUCUCCAGCCUGAUGUGACUCAAAAUGUACAAAAAAUAAAUGAACUUGAAGCUGCCCUACAGAAGAAAGAUGAAGAUAUGAAAGCGAUGGAGGAGAGAUAUAAAAUGUACCUGGAGAAAGCCAGAAAUGUAAUUAGAACCUUGGAUCCCAAAUUAAAUCCAGCAUCAGCUGAAAUAAUGCUGCUGAGAAAGCACCUGGCAGAGAAAGACAGAAGGAUCGAGAUCCUGGAGAGUGAAUGUAAGGUAGCAAAAUUCCGUGAUUACGAAGAGAAACUCAUUGUGUCUGCCUGGUAUAAUAAGAGUCUCGCUUUCCAGAAGCUGGGGAUGGAAUCCAGACUGACUGGAGGUAAUGGCGCCUGCAAGGAUGCUGGUGCCUGCCCUCCCGCGCGCUCCUUCCUUGCACAGCAACGGCACAUCACCAACGCUAGAAGAAAUCUCUCUGUUAAAGUACCUGCUGCAACAUCUGAUUAAACUCCAAAAGAAACACAGACCCUUAAGUGCCCUUAACCCAUUUGUAGCUUCCACAAUCUUUGCGGAUUAUAAAGAGCCAGUCGUGGUGCUGGACAGAUGUAGGUCUGCUCACCAAAAAGAAAAUCAAAGAAAUUGAUUUCUAUAAGGCACUUGGAGCAGUUCCAUCCAUCUUUUCAGAUGGUCAGAAAUGAGGAAUUGAAAUAUGUUAGAAAGCACAUAUCUCAAAGGAUUAUAUUUGUCUUCAGAGUAUAUAGUGUUUAGAAUUACAAAUUGGCAAUGUAUAUUUAAAUUUAAUAUGUCCAGUUGGCCUGGUAACUUGAUUAACCAAGGCAGCAUUGGAAAUUUGUAAUUUGAAAAAAAUGCCAGCUCUGUUUUAUCCUACAAGAUAAAAAUUAGUGAGUUGAACACAGCAAACUGAAGAAAUCUUGUGUGGGUGGGUUGGUGUGCUGCUUUAGCUACACCAAUACCUGUUCAAUUUGAUCUUUCUAUUCCUGUCCUUAGAUGAGAUGAUUUUAGUAUUUACUGGAAGGUGAUUCCCCUAUUGGGGAAAAAAAUUAAAAGUUGAAAUAGCUUUUCUAUAAAUGCAGAUGAUUAAAUAGAAAAAUGUUCAGAUAUUUGAGAGGUCAGAACCUCUCUGGGCAGCUAUUAAUCAUAAAUGGGACCGUGCCUAGGAUUAGGCCCUGGCCAAUUUUAUUAAAAUAUUAGGAAUUUAACUGACUUUUAAAAAGUUAUCUUAUCCUUGGAAAAUAAGCUAAAAAUUAAGAUUUAGUGUGCUGUAUUCAUAGCUGUUUUUUUUAAAGAGUCAGUUGGCAGGGCAAAAUAAUUUAUUGCUUCUAAACAUUCCGGAGUUUUCAGAGCUGACUUGAAACAGUCAUUUUGCCUCUGUGAUUAAAAAAGAGGCAUUAUUUUAGGAAGCCACAUGAAAUGAAUUUAAUUUGGCUUAUUCCCUAGGGAACCACUUUGUGGUAUUUGAUUCACCCACGCCAAAAGUUGUCAGUGUAUUCUAGCCUCAAGUUUUGGCUAAUCCCUAAAGGAUGUAAUUUUUUCAUCUGCUGUAGAGAUAUGUGCUAAGUCCUUGUCUGGGCAUGUAGUCAGCAGUCCGUUCUCUGUUUAGAUAACAACUUCAUCCCAUCUCAGGCCUAGAGCUGUGGAAUGAUGAUGUGGGCAGAUUACUGUCCACUGAAGAUGGGAUUCACAGCAUUAAAACCGGACCCCCUGUAUUUCUAUCUCCUGACGGCUUGUCCAAGAACUCUCUUCUUGGUGUCCAUCCGUUGGACAUGUCUGUCCCAUGCUUAGCCUUUUAUUGCUAGUGUUUCUUUACAAAAUGCCGAGUGUUGUUGUGUCUACAGUAUUAUGUGUUUAGACCUUUGGUUUAGGGGCUGUCCCAGUAAGCUUCUCCAGUUCAUUGAAAGGGUGUAAAAUAGCAUACCAUUUAGUCUGGUGCAGGUUGGGAUCCUCGUGAGCAAGUGUCCGCGCAUUUUUUAUGACCAGAUUUCCUUCUGUGUGGCUGCCCACUUCUGUUGACUACCUCUGGGGUGAGGAUGAUUUUGACUGGUGCAAUGAUGUGGUUGGCUUGUGUUUUGUAUCUUUGUAAGCUCUGCUUGUCUAUGAUUUUAUUGAAAUGGAGAAAAAGCCUUUAUAAAUAUUUGAGCAUGCUGUGUAAAGUUUUCUAACUGUGACAUUUCAGUACACCCUAGUAAGUAGAAAGGAUUGUCACUUCAGUGUUGAAUACACGUUUAUAAAUGAGACUUAAAAGCAGAAGUUCACUUUUUUAAUGGGAUUUAUUUUAAAGCAGCAGUGUUCCCUCUAGGUAGACCUGCUAUUUUUCAUAAAAUCUCCGUCGGGUGCUAAAUAGAAUUUCUAUGCCCUCACUAUAUUGCUAAUUGAACACGUGCAGUCGUGGCACUGCCAUGUCUGCACAAGGGGAGUGGUCAGGUUGCAUUUGGUUCUCUUAAGAUAAUGGGAAAAACAGCAACAGCAGUGACACCAACAGUCAGGGGUAGUAAAAGUUGGAGGAUAAAAGUAUUUGCAUAGGAAGGGUGGAAGUAGAGCUUCUCUAAGGUGACGGCUUGUAAUACUAGUGCAAGUUCAAGGACUGACCAGACGUGAGUACCUGGUCCGAAAGAGAAGAUGGACACCCUGUGGGUGAUGAAACAUUAGAAAUAAUUUAUCAUGAGCCAGGAUUGGUGUAUUUCUUCUUCUUUAAAGAGCGUAUAUUCUCUAGGGGCGGGGGUGGAUUUACUGUGAAGUAGAAAUGCACCACAUUUAUCCAUGUGAAAAGAAAGGGACUUUUCUAGUGGUGAUUUUAUAUUUAUAUAAAACCAAUUCAGGAUCAGUCCCUAAUUUGGAGUCUCUAUUCUGAGAUUUUUAUUUAUUUCUCUUUUUCAAAGUGUGGUGGUGUACAUACAUACAUAUGUGUGCAUAUGUGUACAUUUAUGUAUGUGUAUAUAUACUGUGACAAUGAUGUUUAGUUUAUCUGAGAUUUAUUGAUAAUAUUGAGAAAUAUUUGAAUUUUACUCUAUUUUUCCAGUGAAUAAUUAAGGUUAUUGAACAUAUGAUUUAGUACAGAUUUAAAUUAUUCAUAUAUCUCUUAAACUUUUGUCUGAAAACCUAAAUAAGGUCUCCCUCUAAUUUUUUUUGUCAUCUCAUGUUUAAUGUUAAGUGAUAAGUUGAAUGCUAACAGUUGAAGUUCUUCCUCAUCUAAGGCUACCUGUGUCUACUUACAGAACACAUCUGAACCAGUAAAAAAUCAUUCCAGCAAGUGAAUAUUAUGUGCGUUUCAUCUCUCCCUUAGUUUAUCCUACUGUGUUUAGUUAGAAGCUUCUCAAUUUAUGGAAAUGGGUGUGCAUGUAAAUAUGUCUGUGAAUUUUCUUUUUAACCUUCAGUGAAAUAGCUUAUGGAAUCGCUAAGGCAUCAAAUUCUUUUUUUAAAAAGGAAAUCAACAGUUUCCUGAGCUCAAUGUAGUUUUGUGUAAUGUUUUACUCCUCAAAGGUACAUGAAGGCCCUCUCUCUUUUCUGUGGGAAAGUUUUACUUGGACACAGUUUAGAACACAACAGAAGCAAUACUUGAUUUAUUUUCCUGGGUAGCCAGUCCUUUUACGUCAUGGCUGUCAGCCAGCAGACAGACCCACAGUGAAGCGUAUGGUCAGCUGUCCCGAUGCCUUUCUUGCUCUUAUCUCCAGUGGGCCUGCCAGCUCCCAGGAGAUGCACGGGACACUUGGCCUGCCAGCUUCCAGUGGAUGCGUGGGACGUGUGGCCUGCUUUAAUUUUCCAAUGUACGUUCACCUCAGUCGGUUUAGAAACAAUGUUGCACUACUUUUUAUUCUUUCCUUCUUUGAGAAUGUUCUUUUUAUAUUUACAUAAAGACUGAUGAAAGU